CAGAAAUCUUGCACAGAAGAUCAAAGAGAAGAAGCCAUUUUCAGAAGAACAGAUCAUGGACUGGUUUGUCAAGAUCUGCAUGGCCCUGAAGCAUGUCCAUGGCUUGGGCCUUCUUCACAGAGACCUGAGACCACAGAAUAUAUUCCUUACAGAAUUUGGGACACUUUGUUUGGGAGAUUUCGGAAGAGUCAAUGAAAAUGCUUCCCAAUCUGGAUCUUCAGACGAUGGAAUGGUGGGUUAUUUAGGCCCAGAGAUUCUGACUGGUAAAGUUUAUGACACCAAAAGUGAUAUUUGGUCCUUGGGAUGUGUGCUAUAUGAGUUGUGUAUGCUUCGGUGUGCAUUCGCUGCAGCAAGCACAAUCAAGCUCAUCCCCAAAAUACUGGGAGGUCCUUAUCCAUCUCUCCCAGAGAGUUUCUCACCUGAGCUCCAUGAACUACUGUGUGACGUCUUUCAACAAGACCCAACCAGCAGACCUUCAGCUGGUGAAAUCCUAUCAAAACCCUUCAUUAUCAGUUUCCUCACAAAAAGUCAAAUGAUCUGUUUGUCUGUCCACCCAUUCAUCCAUCUAUCUAAAUACAUUUUCUUACAGAAUGAAAAAACUGUGGAGGAGCUCCAGACAAACUUGGACAAUCUGAGAAUGCUGGCAGACAGCUUGGAGCGUGUGCACCAUGGCGCCACCAUAGGCAGUUUGACAGGAGGUGUUAUUGGGGCAGCUGGAGGAAUCACUUCUAUAGUAGGCCUCAUCCUGGCUCCCUUCACUCUGGGCGCAUCCCUGAUCGUCACAGGGGUGGGUGUUGGGGUGGCUGUCGCUGGUGGAGCCACAGCCGGAGUAUCCAACAUCACCAACAUGGUCAAUCAGUCUACCGACCGCAAAGCCAUCAAGAGCAUCAUCAAGGAGUUCCAGGAGAAGAUGAACUCUGUGGUGACAUCUCUACAAAACAUUGCUGAGGGUAUCGAGACACAGAGGAUGAGUGGCUCCUUUACCACAGAAAUAGGUAGUUUAAAUGCAGAGAAGCUAGUAAAUGCUGGGGCGAGGGUUGGGAGGGGCCUAGGGAGCAUCCCAGAGCUCGUCCGAUUGUUCCAAGUGGCCAACAUUGGCAAGGUAGCAGCCCAAACUGCAAGGGCAGUGCGUGUGGCAGAGAUGGCGACAGGAAUAUUCUCUGCUUUCUUUGUAGCAGUUGAUAUCUUCUUCAUCGCCAUGGAUGCCAAAGAGAUCCACAACAUCCAACAGGCAAAGGCUGAGAAACAGUCUAGUGAUAGCAGUAAGUUAGAAGUGAUGGACACAUACUCCACGACUGAGCUGAACCCUGGAUGUGUGGAACCAAAGGCUGAGGUCAAGUCAGAGACAAUGAAGUUCGUCCAGACAAUCAGACAGACAGCUGAUCAGUUACAGGAGAGCCUAGACGAACUGAGUGACGUCCUGUCAUUCAUUCCUAAGAUAGAGGACUGAUACUUAGUCAAGUGAAACUAUACACAGUUGUAGUGAUUGUAAAAGAUGCAGAAACAAGAAAUAGAGCAGAUUAAAUCAUUCAUUGAUACAUAACUUCUCUGUAAAACACAGGGAUGGGCGAUGUGACUUUGACAGCCAGAUAGGCCUUUAGGUUUAAGGCGUGAGCAAAUUCCCUUUUCUGUUCUUCAAUCCUUGCACAAAUCAGCUAUGAUAAGUAGAUUGUAGAGACAUAAGUAUACAGUAUAUCUCAGCUGUAGUACUGAAGUGCUUUCCUUUCCGGUUAUUACAGUUGACCUGUUUGAUCUGUAUAUUAUUUUCUUACAUCAAAUUAUAUCAGUUGUAUUACACAACUACAAAAUGGUCAGUUGUUUCAAACUUAUAAUAGCCUACAUGAAGUGGUGAUGGUGACUGUAUAGAAGUGUAAUUGUUGCAAUACAUAUUUUGAAGAAAAAAAAUGACAUUAUUCUGGGAAAACAACGUUUAUACAAUAUAAUCCUAAUCUAUAAAUGUCUGCU